UCCUCAGCCUCACAAUGUGGCUGUGUGAUUUGUGUCUGUGGCUCGAUCCGAGGGGAAUGCUGCUUUUUAUUUUUGCCGUUCUCCUCCUAGUGUAUUUUCAGAGCAAAAAGGAUCCACCCAACUUUCCACCAGGACCGCCAUCUCUCCCUCUUUUUGGAAACAUAUUCAACAUUGAAUCUAAACAGCCUCACAUUUACCUUACCAAGCUAGCUGAUGUUUACGGGAAUGUGUUCUGCAUACGUCUGGGAAGACACAAAACAGUGUUUGUGUCUGGGUGGAGAAUGGUGAAGGAAGCCUUAGUCACACAGGCCGACAACUUUGUGGACCGGCCUUACAGCCCGAUGGUGACCAGAAUUUAUUCAGGGAACUCAGCUGGGCUUUUCUUCAGUAAUGGGAAUGUGUGGAGGAGACAGCGGCGUUUUGCCAUGGCCAUGUUACGUACCUUUGGUCUGGCCAAGAGCUCCAUGGAGCAGAGCAUCCUCGAAGAGAGUCAUCAUCUGCAGGAGGCAAUGGAGAAGGAGAAAGGUGAGCCGUUUGACCCUGUGCCCCUCUUAAACAAUGCCGUGGCCAACAUCAUCUGCCAGAUAGUGUUUGGGAGACGAUUUGACUACAGCGACCACAACUUCCAGAGCAUGCUGAGGAAUCUGACUGAGAUGGCCUAUCUGGAGGGCUCCAUAUGGGCUCUACUUUAUGAUGCGUUCCCAGCACUGAUGAAACACCUGCCGGGGCCUCACAACGGCAUCUUCAGCAACUCCAAAUGUCUGGAGGCAUCUAUCAGGGCAGAGGUCGAGAGGCACAAGUUGGAUCUGGACCCCAGCAACCUACGAGAUUACAUCGACACCUUCCUGAUAGAGGAGAAACACACCAGGAACAGUGACCUUGGUUUUAACGAAGGCAACUUGGUUCUGUGUUGUCUGGAUCUGUUCCUGGCUGGAAGUGAAACCACUUCUAAGACUCUGCAGUGGGGCCUCAUCUACCUCAUCAAGAACCCUCAUAUCCAGGACAAAGUCCAGGCAGAGAUAGACAGAGUGAUCGGACAGACCCGACAGCCCACGAUGGCAGACAGACCCAACCUGCCCUACAGCGACGCCGUCAUCCAUGAGAUCCAGAGGAUGGGAAACAUCGUUCCUCUCAAUGGACUCAGAAUGGCCGCCAAGGAUACGACUGUGGGCGGUUACGUCAUACCCAAGGGAACCUCAGUGAUGCCCAACCUGACCUCUGUGCUGUUUGACAAGACUGAAUGGGAAACUCCCGACACAUUUAACCCUGAACACUUCCUGGAUGCAGAAGGAAAGUUUGUGAGGAGGGACGCAUUUUUACCUUUCUCUGCAGGAAAGCGUGCAUGUCUGGGUGAAGGCCUGGCCAGAGUGGAGCUGUUCCUGUUUUUCAUCACUUUGUUUCAGAAAUUUUAUUUUUCCACUCUGGAUGGAGUCGAGCUGAGUACAGAGGGAAUCAUCGGAGCCACACGCACGCCGUACCCCUUUAAGAUCUAUGCCAGAGCCCGCUGAACCCUGCAACAUAUCCCAAACUACAGACUGUUGCUUUAUACGCAGUCAACACAUGCUGCAUCUGUGGCUUGUUUUCCUGUCAAUACAAAUGCCAGAAUUCAACAAUAUGUCCUGUCUACAGCAUGUGUGUGUCAAAUACUGGAACUGAUUAUGGUGGCAUGAGGGAAUGUUUUGUGUAAUAGGGGAACUAUAGCCUGCUUUGUUCUGCUGCAGCACAUAACAGCAUAAUGUGUGACUGUUGAUAAAGUGUCAUUUUUCCAACGCUGACAUGGAUCUGUAACCAGCAAGCAGCAGCAAAACUCUCCAAGUAUCCACUAUUACUCACUUGACACUACUUGUGGUGGACACCGAUCAGCCACAACAUUAAAACCAUUGUUAAAACAUACACAUCUCAUUACAAUGCAAUGUUCUGCUGGGCAACCUUGGGUCCUUGCAUUCAUGUGGAUAGCACCACCCACAGCACUCCCCGAUGGCAGUGGCUCCCCUGGCAGGACAAUGCACCAUGCUACCCCAAAAAAAUCUGCUCAGGAAUGGCCUGGAGAACGUGACAGAGCUCAAGGUGUUGACCUGACCUCCAAAUUCCCCACAUCCUAAUCUGACUGAGCAUCCAUGGGAGGUACCGCUACCCCAGAGGUCCAGUGUCCAUGCCUCCAUGGGUCAGAGGCUCAGAGCCAAGUCUGAUUCACUGUGGGGCCUCCUUGCAUUGGAUUUGGCCCUGACCUUUGGAGGAAUGGACACAGAACCUCUCUGUGGUGUCUGGAGCCAGAUCUUUUGAGUCUUGUGGGGUGUGAGGUCAGGUCCUGGCACGUCCCACAUUUGACUGAUGGGAUUAGGAUCUGGGGAAUUUGGAGGCCAGGGCGACAUCUUGAGCUCUUGGUCGUGUUCCUCUGGCCAUCCCUGAGCAGUCUGGGGCAUCGUACUGGGGGGAAUAAAGGUUUAUCAGCAGAUAGCCUCUUUGAGAUGAACCGUCUGGCUUUGGAGGGGGUCCAACACGAAACAUACAACACACUUCAUUACACUGGACACAAACACAACAUCGGUCUGCAUUGGUGUUUGAGUGGGUGGCGGGUGUCAAGUGGCAGCCAAUCCACAUAACUGCCAGGACUCAACUGUCAACUGUCCCACAGCUCAUCUGUCAGUAGGUUUGAUGCUGCGGCUCAUCUCUGAAAAUGAUUUCAGUUGGACCACUACAAAAAUAAAUGUCGACACAGAAAAGGCCAGAGUUUGUUCUCUUUCUGUCUCUGGUUGGUCACCUACAGUUUGAUGGACAGGAUCCUGAUGGGCUACUUUAACUAUUGCUGCUUUUUUUUUAUUUUUUAU